GCUAUUUGUCGUCUCUCUUGUCGUAGUUGUGUGAAGCAUAUUCCAGGUCUCAUCUACGGGGAAACACUUGGUGUCCUCGAAAUUUUCUUAGGGAACGCUAUCCGGAUUCCGCGACUCUGUCAAGUGACUUACAUCGAGCAUGCCAAGCGGCAAGCCCCACCAUCAGCUUCCUUCAUCACCGCUCUCGAUGUCGUCUAUGCGCUGAAGCGGUCGGGGUUCACAUUAUACGGUUUCGAACUUUCAGUGCAUGGUCAAAGCAUCAUGUAUCAUCACUCUCCACGCAUAGUGACUUGGAUAUAUCUUUCAAUCUGA